AAAAGUUGUCGACCCAAUGGACAAUUUUUGGGCUUUCAAUAAAUAGCCCAUUUAGCAAGCAAAAGUAACCGUUGGAAUCAAGCGGGUAAUAGAAAGAGCAAGGUGCAGCGAACUAAGCAGACGAAGAAGGAUGUCCCUGGAGCUUCGCACUGGUGAAAACCCUAGAAAAUGGCGGUUCACUUGGGAAGCCCAAUCUCACAUCCCAACCCUCCGAUUGUUCCUUUUCGAUUCGCACACUAACCCCUCGACUCAGUGUCAGAACCUCAAGGUCCGUGUAAGUCUCUCGCAGUCCUCGGUUCUGGUCAGCUGGUGCCAAGAAACACAUAUCUCGCUUAGGGUUCCAAUACCGAGGGUUUUGGUCGAUUCCGAAUCCCCUGUGAGUUUCAAAGCGUUGGAUGAUCACAUUGAGGUCAAGCUCGUCCUGCUUCUUCCUGUUGAUCAUCCUAUUAUUUCAAGCUUCGAUUCCAUUCUGAAUUUGACUGACGACGUAGAAAAUGCGUCCUCCGAUGCUUCGUCGAAGCGGAUGUCUAUGGAUUCAGAUAUAAAGAGUCUUUCGUCUUGUGGAGGAGUCGACUUUUACUGCAGAAGUUGCUCCGUUAAAUUGACCAGAAGUCCUCUCAGAAAUUUUGUGGAAAUGCCUUCAGUCAACUGGAGAGAGGUGGCUGACAAUUGGUUUGGUGCUUGCUGCUGUUCAUUUGGAGGCAUAAGUGAGAAGCUGGUUACUAGGUAUGUAAAUUCCUACACAUGUGCAAAGGGUGUAUGUCUCUUGAACUCUACAACCAUUGCUCUUUGCAAGGAUGAUAUUGUUGGUUGUAAUUUCCCUGACUUGGGAGGAUGCCAGAGUUAUGAAGAUGAAGGAGAUUCCAUUGAUGACCAUGAGUUUGGUGGAUCUACACUGAACUCAGGAAGUAAUCAUUCACGGAAUGAGAAAUCAAGGUUCACACAAUUUAAGCAUGAAGAAUUUGCUGCAAACUGUGAAGGUAAAGAAAAUAAUGGGGACCAUUUAUCUCAUCCAUCAUCCGAAUCAGAUUUCCCUGUAAAUUUGACAUUGGCACAGGGAUGUUGCAUGCAUCACACUUCUGAAGCUCUCAUAGAGAGCCAGAAACCUUCUAAAAAUAUGGAGAUUCUGGAUAAUAAAAAAUCUUUCCUUAAUGGCUUCCUUGGAAACGUUUUCAUGGUUAGAUCCUCCAAUCUUUCAAUGGACGUCGAGUGGAUUGAGUUUGUAUGCCCUCAAUGUUCAUCUCUUCUUGGAGCAUACCCAUGUAGUAAUGAUCGUGCACCUGUAGAUGGUGGAGUUCGAUUGUUUAAAUGCUACAUUUCCACUAGCUUACCAGUUGGUGGAUCAAGAGACCUAUUCAGGAAUUAUACCUUGGGUAGAAUGUUCUCGGAUCAGCUACUUGAUAAUGCAAAAGAUGAAUUAUCAUUUCGGACUGUGGUUAGAGAUCUGAAAACCAAAUCUUUAAUGCUGCAAAUUGUUCUCGUAAACACAAAUUGUUGGUCCUGUACUGGUUACUGUUUGGGUACAGAGGGUAUUUCAGAACCACCGUCUAAGAUAGAUCUACAACCUAUCAUUAAGGUGCUCUUUUCAGAAUGCUGCAACAUUACAAAAUCUCAAAUAAGGACAAUAGAAGAUUGGGUAAAAAAGGAUUUGGCAGAUGAAGUUUUCAUGCUGAGACAUCAAAUUGCUGAAUUGGUUGAAUCGCUGGUGUCAGCAAAAGAUAUGCUUCCACCUUCAUAUUCUUCCUUUGAGGGUUUGUGGCUGUCAUCCAUGCAGAAAACAGGGUUCUCUUUGUAAAUAGCUAUCCGAGAAACAUAUGGAAAAUAGGCAAUCUCAUGUGAAGAUUAAAGAAUUAACCACGAAAUUCGUGACCACCUCUCUGAGAAUGGAAAUUUCGCUUAAGGCAGCUAUAUAAUUUUAUUUCAUAAAGUUAAAAUAUU